AUGUCCACGGCCGACGAUGCAGUGUCGGACACGGCGGUUCGGGUCAGCUCGCGGGGCUCGCCUCGGCCGGAGGUGCUGACGCCGUUGGGCAACGGCGAGCCCCCCGUCUCCGUGGCACGUCUCCUGCGCCAGGAACGUCUCAAGAAGGGACGCCAGCAGCGGAGGCCGCUGCGACAGCGCGUGCGUGGCGCCACGCUCACCACCGCCAGCCUGCUGGUUAUCGGUGGCGGCGCGGCGCUGCUCUUCCUCGUGCCGAUCGUGGUGGACCCGGCCGUGGCGACCCUGCGCGCCGACUUCGCGCCGCGGCCGGCCGCCUGUCGCACCGAGCGCGUCGAACGCUUCCACACGCUCUCCGCCUGCGGCUGGAGCUCGUGCCGCGAGGGCUGUACCAGCGACCUGUACCGAUGUCUUCACGUCUACGUCAGCUACGUCCCGGCGGCAGACGAGCCGGCGCCACCGCCCGAGGCCGUGCUGCUCAUCAACGUGAAGACGUGCGGCUACCCGCCACGCGUGAACUGCUCGGCCUUCGAGCUGGCGUACGGUGUGGAGGGCCGCGAGUUCCCCUGUUACGUAAGCCGAGCCAAUCUGAGCGUGACGGUGACGGAUUUCCGCGAGGGCGAGUCGGCGGUGCUGCUGGCGGCCGGAGUGGGCGCGCCGGCCGCCGCCAUCCUGCUGGGCGCCAUCACGGUGGCCCUGCUUCAGCUGCAGCCCGCCUGCUGGAAGCGGCGGAAGGUGGGCCACGCCGAGUCGCGGCCACCAGUCAGCCAGAGGGUCUGGAGCACGUCCGUGUCGCCGGGCAGCAGUGCGGCCAUGUCCGGCAGCCCCGCCGCGACGCUCAGCGCGCCGGAGCGCCAGCCGCGGCACACGCAGCGUCAGAAGCCGGAGAUCCUCAAGAUCAACGUCUGGUGA